UCUAAGUAUUGCCGGUCGGUCACAAGUUCAGAGGUUCCCGCAGAAAAUUUACACGAUAAAAACGGCGGUUCAUCACGUCUCGCGCGUCAAGAUUUCUUAGACCUACCAGAGAUAGUUAUCUCAAUUGCACGGAGAAGCAAAAGGCGGUACCCUCAUAAGAGCGGGAAUUGUCUUAGUAGUCAACGAAAGUGACAAAAAUCAUGAAGCUCCUGAUCAUUGCUGCCUUGGCUGUUUCUUGCUGUUUGGCGAUGCCACAGCCCCAGGAGGUUUCGAUUGUUCAGUACACCAAUGAUAACAACGCCGAUGGCAGUUAUAACUUUGCCUACGAACAAUCCGAUGGUCAGAAACGGGAGGAAACUGGUGAACUGAAACCGGUAGAUGGAGCUGAAGUUCCAGCAAUUUCUGUUAAAGGAUCGUACGAAUUCACCGACCCCGACGGCCAGCGAUUCCGAGUCGAUUACGUCGCUGAUGAACGAGGAUAUCGGCCGACGGUGACGAAACUGUAAAGAGUGGAUGGUUCGAGGGGAAUUUUUUUUCCAUUUUCUAAAUUAUUGAAACGUGCAAUAAAUUACGAAAUGAGCAAUUCGAGCAGAAGUGUUAAACAGUGGAAAUAAAAUGUAUGUUUGAACAAUUUA